GUCAGGGCCUGGCAGCUUGGACUUUACUUUCUGUAGGGAUAUCUCACAUAUCAAGGUGUCUAGACUUGUACAAAAUAUCAAUCCGAUAUGGAAUCUUUAGAAUCAGCAAAAGACAGGUCUCAAGAAGAACCAUCUUCAUCGGAUAAUGUCGUUACUUUUGCUUCGAGAUAUUUACUCCAACCGUUGGCUAGGAUCGCUAUUCGUCUAUUUGUUUGGUUGGUCAAUAAAGUAAUAGGAAAAAAAGAAACACCUCGCCCUGAAAGUAUUUUCCAAAUGAGCGGUUAUAAUUCAUGGCAGUAUCCAGGAUGGUCAUAUAUUGAUUCUUUGCGUCGAUAUGUAUCCACUCUGGAAAAAUCGAAUGAGGACAGUACACUUUGGCAUUCAAUAUUAGAUUCCCUUCACCACGAAGUUCAAGAGUGUCUCCCUUUUGAAACUGAAGCAAAUUUAUUUACACAUUUUAAAACAUGUCAAAAAAAUCAAGAUCACAAGGGAUUUAUUCCAAUCCACGAUUUUAAUGUUCGACACAUAAAGAUAACAAGUAAGGUAGAGGAGUUGUACAACAUCAUUAAGAUAGCCGCUGAUCUUACAGUAAGGAUAGUUGUAACCCACACAAGCACAGCAAGACCUAAGCAUGUCGAAGGAUCAGUUCAAGAAUAUCCGUGUUUUAAUCUAAGAGGGACAAGUUAUUUGAGAACAGGGACAGGAAUUAUAGUUGGGGUCUCAAAAUACAAAAAAGAAGACGAAGAAACAUGUCAAUGUAAGGGGUGUAAGAAAUCAGACACUCCACAAACCACCUGAUGGAGUGUGGGUGUGAUGACAGCCACCCACGUGGUGUUUGACGACAGCGAGGCUGAGAGUGCCACAUGCAGGCUGUUCUUUGACCAGGCGGACAGUCCAGUUGUGACGUUAGAUGGCUGGAGAAUGUGGGACAUGAGCAUCAAGGGAGACACCUGCAGAUUUUCUUGUGCCUCACAUGACAUGAAAUUGUACGAGAAAGUCCAGAAAAUGUAUAACAGUUACCUGUAUUGUCCACACAAGUUUGAAGAAGGCGUGUCUUUUAUUGUAUCACAUCCACACGGCUGUUCUAAGCAAGUCUCCGUAGGAAAAUACAAACAAAAACAUAUCAAGCAUUUGCAUCUGUAUUACGACGCAACAAAAUACUCUUAUGAAAUGAUUACAUGUCCAGGAAGUAGCGGGGCUUAUGUGUUCACUAGUGAAAAUUUGCUGGUACCUCACGUACACAGUGGAUGUAGAAAUGGCAUCAAUUACAGCGGGGAAGGAUUUCAAGAUAAAUACUCAGACGUACUCCAGUUUAAUUUCAUGACCCCCCAAGAUUUAUAAAAAUAAAUAAUAUCUCGCAGCUUCAAAAAUAUUAGUACAAAGAUAAUUGAAUUAAUUUUUGAAAAUGAAAUUUGCAAUCAAUAGAUGUAUAAAUAAAAAACACUUUCUAAUAAUUUAUCCCAUAAUUUUCUUUCACUAACAUAUGUGAUAUUUCCCUCAAAAUAGGUUAUUCGUCAAUUUUAUCAAGUAAUUGUACAUCAUGCUUGAGUGCAGGUUUUAUUAGGAGUUUCACUUAAUGAACCGGACUGAGCUUAAAUCACCACCUCAUACCAUACAAUACAACAAUUAUGUUUUCGUGUAUCUUGACAGGUAGCCUACACAAAAACUGAGGUAUUUUUUUACGAAAAAAAUAUAAAACAUAAGACAUAAAAUGUGCUAAUUAAUUAUUCUCCAUUUACUUUUGUUGUGAUUUCUUUUUAUUUUUAGAUGUGCAAUGCACAAUUUUUUAACAGACAAAAAUAUAACACUAUUUUAUUCAAUAAAGGCUUAGAAUUAACCUUGCAUAAUAUAUUUACUAAUUACCAUAUUGUGUAUUAUAUAUUACUUGUAAGCCUUCUCUAUUAAAAAACUAUUGUGGAAAUAUAGAUAAAUAAAAUGUAUACGCUUCCGCAAUAAAUGUAAAUACAUCAAUUUUUAAAGGGAUGAAAACACGAAAAUUUAAAACAUUUGAUAAAAUGUAUAUUGGGGGGGGGGGGGGGUGCAGUGUUAAUGUCAUAACAAACUACUUUAGAUUUAGCAAACUCAAUAGCAUUUGUUAUUGAACUAUGUUAGCUGUUGAUUGUUUAUACUAUAACACGUUAGAGCGUACCUACAUGAGAAUACAUUAUUAUUGUACUAAGAUGGUUGGAGUGUUGCUUUCCUACCCAUGUUAUUACUGCACUUAUUGUAUUAGUUGUUUGUUGCAUGUGAUAGUUCAUGUAUGUUGAGUGUAAGCCUCGCUGGCUCUGCCAGCUUGUCAAAGGAGAGGGGAGAUGUUAUAACUGAGUUCAGUGUUGAUGCUAGUGGGUUAACGCCCCCGCCCCCCCCCCCCUCCCGUCCCACAGCGUAACACGACAUGAAGACAUCCCUGCCCCACCUAGAGAUGUGCAGGCUAGGGGAGGUACCAGUCGCCGGUCUCUGACCCAAUUGACCUGGGAUGCAAAUCUGGGGAAACACGUAAUGGGAUACCCUAUUGUAUUCGAGGUUAAGCCAGGGCAUAGAACCCAAGAUGAGUAGUGAGGGCUAGAGAGGGAUAGGACAGUUGAACGUUAGCCUUAGAAGCAUGUAGUUGUGUUUUGUUUUAUAAAGUGUGGUAGGACUGGCCACUAAAUCUUGUUAUUUCCUAGUUUAGACAAGACCACCAUCUAUCAAAUUAAAGUUUCUGUGUUGAAAUUGUGUUGAUGUCUUUUCUUUAACCUCUUACUGCCGUAAUCAGUACCAACCAUACAGAUGACAUCAUAACAGGGAGGGUCGGACUUUUUGUGACCAUGUGUGACGUAAGGGGGAAAGAGGGUAAAAAAAUGGCCAAAUAAGCAUUACGUCAUUUGUGGUCGACCCCUAUGUUGCUGUUCGGAGUGAACCAGGGUACAAGGGAAGCGACUGGUCGAGUGACAGCAGGUAUGUUGUGAGCGGAAGAAAGGAGGUGUGUAGUUAUAACUUCGGUAGGACAGUUACAGGUUGGAGCAAGAAGGUGAAGAUCGAUGUGAAGAGAAAAGCGAAAUAGAUGAGAUUAAACUUGAUUGGUAUACCUAA